AUGCGGCGUUCAACGAGACGAAAACAGCCCCCAAAAGGCGUCAAACCGCAACUUUAUACAGAAAAAUCUGAUGUAGACUCGGCGUCGGAACCACCAGAGACCAUCGCAGAAACAGGGUCGCGAAGAACGCUCUCCAACGAACCGGAAGAGGUCAUGGAGACUGUAACGCAGCUAUCCAACUUUCUCCCGAGCGAACAAGAAGUCCGACAAGCGCAAACACUCAUUUCCCAAUACGAAAGAGAAUACGAGGCGGCUCAGGCAGAGUACCAAGUCAAGCUGGAACUAGACGCAUUGGCUCAUCGAAUGUCGACGAUCCAAUCCCGCAUUUUCGAGAAAAGGGCCUCGAUAGCCCCAUCCGUCGCGUCCCACAAGACGUUUGUCAAUGAUCUUUGGCCUUUGCCUGCCGCCAUGCACACGGCAAUGCUUUGGAACCGGAUCAUGAUUGCGCCUUCCAAUUGGGCUGGAAGGCGUAAAGGUGCCCCCAAGUUUUACGAAGGAAUGGAAGUCUGUACCUCUGCGGGUCAACUCGAGCGUGCGAUCAAGCAAGCGGGCUCAACCCCACUCGAAGUGCGUUUACUCAUAAGUGGGACCGCGUAUAGACGCUGGGUGUGGGCGUUUAGUAAUUAUGAUCCCAACGAAUAUUCGAAUCAGGAACGUGAGGUGCAUAAACUCCUCGGCCAUCUCAACGACCUGAACAUCCGAGUUCCGUUGCGGGCCCUGGAGAUUGACACUGGCGAGAGAUUUUCCAUCCCGGAAAAGUAUCUACAGUGCUUCGUAUGGACAGACAUCGAACGCCUCGUACUCGAUGGAGAGUACCCAAUGAUCCUUUCGGCCGUGGUCGAAAGCGGAGCGAGGAAUCUCAAGGUUCUGAGCUUGGAUUAUCCUGAUAUCAUCGAUGUGAUUGACACCAUUCCAUGGGCACAACUCAAAGAACUGGGUGUCAUCAACUCUACCGAUCCUCUCGAGUCUCCUCUAUUGAUUGAUGCAUUACGACGAUGCAGCAAUGUGGAAACUUUGACUCUCAAAGACGUACGCGUCGGUAAUCAGGAUAGAGCAGACCACCCACUCGUCGAGAUGCCUUCGGUCACCCGAUUGACACUAGACUUGGUUGUACCCCUCUGGCCCAUCCAUUGCCCCAAUCUAACUCAUCUCUCCAUUCAAAAUCCAGAACAAAUUCACACCACGCGGAUAAUCCGUCUCCCAAACCUGGUUUGGCUCGGGUUCAACGGGUCAGUCCUGAACCGCCUCAACUGUUUUGACGCUCCAAAAGCAUACAUUCGAAUGGACGUCCGCGGGUUACGGGACUUGUGGCUUCAUAAUAACCCCAUUGUCAUUGAUCCCAUCGUCGUCAAAGUUUGCGACAUGACGCUGACCUCGAAAUACUUUGCGCUAGCACUCUUUAGGCUCGUUCGCUGCCAACGACUUCACGCGAUACGCACGCCUCUUGGACCCGAGUUUUUCGAGACUCCUGUCCCUGCCGCCCUGGUUGGCAAACGCAAAGGUGGCGCAGGGUCCGGUACCACGAUCCCACUUCGUAGUUUCCGAGAGUUUAUCUUCGAUUUUAUGGGUGGCAAAAAGGUGGAGGACGGACCGCUUCAAGAAGCCGCCAAGUCGUUUAUCAGGAGAAGAGAGGAACUUGGCGCACCCAUUCAGAAACUGGACAUUCGAACGCAAGAUGGCACAUGGCACGACCUCGUCGAACUUGUGCAUAACGAGCAGGCAGGUGAAGUGUCGGAUGAAUAG